AGACAAGUGUUGGAAAGAGCUUGGUAACUGCCGGUUAGUUGCUGCAGUUGAGUCUUCAAGACUUUAUAAAUUUAGUGACCUUGUGACGCUUCAAUCCCAAGGGAUAUGACUAGUGAUCUACUUAAGAUUAAGUGAUAAAAAUAUAAUUCUUUUUUUUUUUUAAAUCUUUUAUUCUUUAGUUAACUGAUCAAAUGAGUGAUAAAAGUAAAACAGCUAAAUGGCAACCAAUAACCAUUUUAAAUCCAUCAACACGUUAUCAGAUGAGUCUUGCUGCUGCUGCUGCUGCUUCUCCUCGGAUUAAAGAGCAACAGCGUAAUCAUAUUUAUCCUAGAGAGUCACAUAUUAGACAAUCAUCAAUGCCACCACAAUUAAAAAAAACAAAUCAAUCAAUUGACGGUGAAUCACAUUAUGAAGUUAUUGAUUUUUCAACAAAUAACAAGUUAAAUACAACUUCAAGUCAACAUUCAACUUCAAGCCGACAUUCAAAUUCAAGUCAACAAAUUUAUCGUGAAAAAAAACUGAAUGAUAAUAUACAAAUAUGUGCACUUUGUGGUAGUCAAAAUCUUUUUUCAAAUUGUCAUGCUUGUAAUCAAAAAUAUUGUAAAAGUUGUGAUAGUAUGAAUCAUAUGCAUCCAAAACGACGUGAUCAUAUUCGUCAAAGAAUUAUUAAUCAAGAUGAGCUAUUUGAUGUUAAACGACUUGAAAGAUCAUCAACAUCUAUGCAACGUUUACCACCAUUACCACCAAAAAAUGAUGGACAAAAUCAACCACCACUUCCACCUCCAAGAAGACGACGUACAUUUAGACAGAAUGAAAGAAUGGCAAGCUGCAAUGACAACAACUCUUCAGGUAUAAAUUUUGAAAAUUUAAAAUUAAAAACUCAUCAAUAUCAACGACCAUUAUCAAUGCAAAAAGAUUUUAUUGAUAAUUCAAUUAUCAUACAAUCAGCAUCUAGUAUUAAACCCAAUGAAACUAGUAUGGAUAAAUUAUCAACUCUUCAGGAUCGUUAUCGUAAAUAUCAAAAUACCAUGAGAACACAAAGUGUCAAUAGAAGAAAAGUUAUAACACCCGAAUUACCACAAAGAAAUAAUAAUUAUCCAAAUGACAACUUAAAAAUGAUGAGAAAUUCAUUUCAACAACCACCACUACCAAUGAAAGGCAACAUGCAAUCAUAUAGUGUUUGUGAUUUAUCAACAAAACAUCGACAAAAUCCACACUCUUAUCAAGGAUCAUCAUCAUCAUCGUACAAACAUUCAUAUGAUCAUGGAAACCCACGAAAUGGAAGAUCUGUAAGCUCAUGGAAUAAUUAUGCAAAUGAUUCAACAUUAAGUUUAAAUAAUGUUGGUUUAUGUUAUCAAAAUGUAAAUCAACAUUCACCAAUGACAAUUUAUAAUUCUGGUACAUCAUCUAGUUGUGAAAGUAUUAAUAAAUGUCAUCAAUGGAAUAGAUCAAUAAAUUCUUUGCAAGAUAGAAGACCAAAAAGAUCAACAAAAUCACAAUCAAGAUCUUAUUAUCAAAAUGAUUCUACAUAUAAUACAAGUUUUGAAGAAACAGAUGAUGAUAGUGGUUUUAAUAAUGUAGAAAAUUUACAAAAAAAUCAUCAUAAUCAUCAUCAUCAACAAAAAUAUUAUCCACGUGGUGGUAGUAGUAGUCGACCAACACCACCAAGAAAACAAAAUCGAAAAUGGAUGUCUGAAGCUCAAAUUAAUAAAAUGCCUGUUGAAAGAGAUGAUGAUUAUGGUGAAACAGAUCAAUGGUCUUGUGUGUCAUAUAAUCAAUCAAAAAAGGGCAGAGAUAAAAAAAUUUCAAAGCAUAUGAGUCCUUGUUCAUCAAGACAUAAAAAUGAAAAAUAUCAUUCAAGACGUGAUAGUUACGUUACUGAAGAUGAUUGUAGUUAUUCUGAUUGUGAAAGUCACUCAUCAAGAUGUGUACGUUCACGUCAAAGUACAAAAACUAAUGAUGGUUACAAAGAAUCAUUGAGAAGCUCUAAUACUAGUCCAAGAUUAGAAAAAAAAAAUGCAAAUUAUAAUCGUGUUGAUGGUGGAGAAAAUAAUUUCAAACGAGGAAGCAUAGAUUUACCAAGAGAUAAUAAAACACAAAUGAGAAAUAGAUCAAGAUCUUUUUCUUGUAAUGCAGAUAAUAAUGAUAUAAAAUAUUCAAAUUUAAAAACAAGUGGCAUAGAAGAGCUAAGAAAUUCAAGCAGAGAACUUAGAGUAUCACAACAACGUGGAUCAACAAAUAUGCUUCAACAAGUAGAAUUAAAUUCUUCAAUUAUACAAAAAAUUAAUAAUGAAAAAAAAUGGAAUUGUGAACAUUGUACAUUUUUAAAUGAAGAAAAAAACAAAAUUUGUAUUAUGUGCUGUAAAACAAAAAAAAGCGCAUUGCCAAAAAUAAAUUCAUUGGAUGAUUUAACAAUUGAUAAAUGUAAAAUUCAAGCUGAUAACAAUAGUGAUUGUUCAGAAAGUUCAAAUAGCAGACAAAGUAUGGACAGUAUUUCAACUAAAAGUCGAGGAUUGAAAAAACAAGAAGCAAGUUUUGAAAAAUCGAUUAAACAAAAAACAAUUGAAACAAAUAAACUGAUUGAAAUUUUAAGACGAGAAGAUGAUAUAGAAAAAUCAGUUGAAACAAAUCAACAGAUCGAAACUUUAAAACAAGAAGAUAUUGAAAAGUCAAUUGAAGAACAAAUAAUUGAAACAAAUCAACAGCAUGAAACUCCAUUGCAAGAAGAAGAUAUUGAACAAUCAAUUAAAACAAAUGAACAGAUUGAAACUUCAUUGCAAGAAGAAGAUAUUGAACAGUCAAUUGAAACAAUUACAAUUGAAACUUCAUUACUAGAAGAAAUUGAUAAGUUGAUUGAAGAAAAAAUUAUUAAAACAAACCAAGAAUUUGAGCCUUUAAUUCAAGAAGACGAUAUUGAAGAAUCAUCUGAAAAUAAAAUAAAAGAAACAAUCAAGCAAGCUCAAACCUUAAUACCAGAAGAUAGUGAAAAAAAAAUUACCGAAGUAAACAAAUUACCGAUCGAAACUUCAAUUUUAACAAAAAAUAUUAAAGAAUUAAUUGAAGAGAAAAAUUUCGAUACAAAAAAACAGUUUCAAACUUCGAUAGUAGAAGCAACUAUUGAAAACUUGGUUGAAAAACAAAAUAUUGAAACAAAAAAAGAGCUUAAAUUUUCAUUUGAAGAGAAAAAAAUUAUAGAAUCAAUUGAAAAAAAAGUUGUCGAAACAAAUCAACAGCCUGAAACUUCAAUACUAAGAGAAGAUAUUGUAGAAUUAAUUGACAAAAGAAUUAUCGAAACAAAUCAACAGCCCGAAACUUCAAUACAAGAAGAAAAUAUUAAAGAAUUGUUAAUUGAAAUAAAAAAUGUCAAACCAAACGAGCAGCUUCCAACUUUAAUACAAAAUGAUAUUGAAAGUUUAAUUGGAGAAAAAAAAAUUACCCAAACAAACAAACAAAUUGAGACUUCAAUGCUAGAAGAAAAUAUUGAAAACAAAAUAAUAAUCAAUAAAGGAAAGCUUCAAAUUUCAACUUCAAUACCAAGCAAUAGUAAUCAAGAAAAAACUUUGGAAAAAAACGUGUCGAUUAAUCCACCACAAAUUGAAGAAACUCUUAUCUUUGAUCAAGGAACCGUUUUGAAUCCACAGGACAUUACAAUUCAGAGUGUCAAAAUGAUAGAAAAAGAUAAUCAUCAUUCGUCUAACAUUGUGCAAGAUGUAGAACCAACAAUUACAACACUCCAAAAUAUUUUACCUAUUGAAAAACAAAAAAAUCAAAUAAAACCAUUUCUUUCACGAAUAUGGUCGUUACCAGACGGCAUAGAAAAUAAACAAGAAGAUACUUUAGAUGAAAAAUCAACUGUCAAUGAAACUAAAAAUAUUGUCAAAGACAUUACAUAUAAACAAAGACAAUCAAUUAUUCCUCAAAAAUUAAUUGACUCACAUUAUGUACUCGAGUCUCAAUUGAACGAGUUAACGAACGAAAAAUUCUCAGCAAGAAAAACACUUAUUUUUAAUAAUCACAAUGAAAAUUUUCAUUCUCAAAAAUUACUUUCUCAUCAACAACAAGUAAUGAGUAUUAAAAAUAUUCUCUCCACUGUUCAAUUUACGGAUUUUAUAAUAACAGAUGAUAAUUCAUCAUUGAAAUCUUCAUUGAAAUCUAAUAUUCAUAAAGAAACAACAACAGUACCAAGUAUCAAAGAUGAAUUACUUAUUGUUGAAGAAAUAAAAGAAGAAACUUCAAUUACAAAUGCUCCACAAAAUAGCCAAAAUAUAAAUAAAUUUUUACCAAUUAAAGCAUCUUCUUCAACAGCUAAAAAAACGACAAUUAAUUCAAAUAAAAAAGGAGAAUUUAAUAAGCUAAAAAAUAAUAGAAAAAUUCCAGUUAGAACAAAUCAAACAAUUUAUUGA